GCUUCUGACACCUUGCAGCUUGUAGCCUGCGGCGCGGCAUGAGGUUCGCGGGGUGGUACCUGAAGAUCGCCGCCGGCGGCGCGGCCAUAGGCGCCUGCAUGGAGCUGUUCAUGAUCCACACCGGCUUCUAUGAGCAGGUAACGAUGCUGGAGUCGGAAAAAAGAGCUUGGGAAAGCAGUCCAGAAGCACAAGCUAUGAGAGAAGCCUUGAAUCCAUGGCACAAGCGUGAUGAAAAGGGUGAUGAAAAAGAGAAAUGAUAGGCACAAGCUAUCAUCGGUCCUCCUUUCAAGUAAUUGCACUCCCAUCCUUCAGCUGUAUCGUAGUCCCUUGAACGAGGCAAUAUGGCAUGCAGCAUUUUUUGCAGUUGUCGAAACA